GGUUUUUUUUUUAGAAUUACUCAUAGGUUGCAACUCAUGUGCUAGGCUGUACUAUUCCAGCCCGUAGUCACACUAUAGCCUGACGCGUUACAAAUCACGAGGCCCAUGCGGCCGCCAAAAGCCCACCCCACCACGAUACUUCUUGUUGGCGCACGGACAGAGGCACGGUUCGCACAGCCGCGACGUUCGUCUCUUUCUGGCUCGCUCGCUUCGAGGUUCAAGCCAACCAGCUGCAAUGGGCUCCGUGGCGGUGCCGCCGUGCCACGUCGUGGCCAUGCCGUUCCCUGGCCGCGGUCACGUCAACGCCAUGCUGAACCUGUGCCGCCUCCUCGCCGCCCGCGACGGCGUCUCGGCCACCGUCGUCGUCACCGAGGAGUGGCUCGGCCUGCUCGGCGGCCCCGCGCUCGCGCCCGGCGUACGCCUCGAGGCCGUCCCCAACGUCAUCCCCUCCGAGCACGGCCGCGCCGCCGACUGGGCCGGGUUCGUGGACGCCGUGUACACCAAAAUGGAGGCGCCGUUCGAGCGCCUCCUCGACCGUCUCGGGGCCGCGCCCGCGGCCAUUGUGACCGACACGUUCGUGCCGGGGGCGGUGCGCGCCGGCAACCGGAGGGGCGUCCCUGUGUGCAUCCUCUCGGCGCUCGGCGCCACCAUGUUCUCCGUGCAGUACCGCUUCGAUCGGUUGCCCACGGCUGCCGGCGGUAGCGCUGACAUGGCCGAUGUCACUGAUCCUUGUCUGAUGGAAAACUACAUUCCUGGACUCAAGUCGACCCGGCUUGCCGAUCUUGAGCCCACGCACUCCGACAAGAUUAGGCUGGACAAAAUUCUUGAAGCAUACCCUUACGUGAGGAAAGCGCAAUGUGUCAUCUUCACCUCCUUCUACGAGCUCGAGAGCAACGCCAUUGACUUUCUAAGGCAAGAGCUCCCUUGCCCUGUGUUUGCCGUUGGUCCUUGCAUCCCCUUCAUGGCACUCCAAGAAAACCAGGCCAAUCCAGAGGAAGAAAGCUACAUGGCUUGGCUGGACACACAGCCUGCGAGCUCAGUGCUCUACGUCUCACUCGGCAGCUUCCUCUCAGUGUCGGCCACCCAGCUCGACGAGAUCGCCAUUGGCCUUGCCCAGAGCAAGGUCAGGUUCCUCUGGGUGCUCCGCGACAAGUGCUCCCGAGUGCAGGAUUUGAUCCGUGGAAGCGACGGCGUGGUCGUUCCGUGGUGUGACCAGCUCAAAAUCCUGUGCCAUCCAUCCAUUGGUGGGUUCUUCACCCACUGCGGCAUGAACUCGACGCUGGAGGCGCUGUACGCCGGCGUGCCGAUGCUGACCCUGCCGAUAGCCUUCGACCAGCCGAUCAACAGCCGGCUGAUCGUCGAUGAGUGGAAGGUUGGGUACAGCCUCAAGGAGAAGGCCCGGGCCGACGGCGUCAUUGGUAGAGGGGAAAUCGCUGGAGCCGUGAAGAGGCUGGUGAACUGUGGUGAUGGCGAGGGCACGAGGAGGAGAGCUUCUGUGCUGAAGGAGGCUUCUCGCGCCGCCGUUGAAGUGGGUGGUUCCUCUGACAGAGAUAUGGUGUCUUUCAUCAAUUACAUUUCACAUUUCAAGGACUGAUGUGUUCUUAGAGGCUACGUUCUCAAACAAACGUACUACCUCUGUUCCAUAAUUCCUGUUGUGGUUUUAGUUCAGAAAUACUAGUAGGUUCGUUAUCGUGAUGUAUCCGAAUUUGAUUUGUAGUAUCUGCUAGUACUCCACCAUUUCCGAAUGAACUCUGGUCGAUUUUCUCAUGGAAUGGGGGAGAUUUCUAAUAGUACUUUCAGAACAAUCUCUUUGGUGUAAUAAGCUUGCACAACAUUCAAUUGGUGGCAGAUUGUUAAUAA